UGGUUCAAUGCUGUAGCUGAGGAGGCUGGUGUGGUUUGUUUGUCCUGCUCUGUGUGCUACUGCUGGGUGCUGUGAGGGGAAUUCAGGCGAGCUCUGACCUCGCGACAUGGAUGCAUUGACCUUUGAUGAUGUUCAUGUCCACUUCACUCGGGAGGAGUGGUCCUUGCUGGACCCAUCUCAGAAGAGACUUUACAAAGAUGUCAUGCUGGAGAACUACAGGAAUCUCACUGCUAUAGGCUACAAUUGGAAAGACCAUAACAUUGAAGAACAUUCUCAAAAUGAUAGAAGAAAUGGAAGGCAUGAAAGAACUCCUGCUGGAGAGAAACCCUAUGAAUAUGCACAAUGGGAUAAAUCCUUCAAAUGUCUCAGUCAUCUUCAAAAGCUUGAAAGAAACCAAACUAGAGACAGACACUCUGAAGUCUUUCAACAUAGUAAAGUGCUUGCGUGUCAAAGUACUCUCCAAAUAAAUAAAAGAACAGACACUGCACAGAAACCCUACAAAUGUAAUGAAUGUGAUAAAUCCUAUUUAAAGCUCAAGUAUCUACGAGUACAUGAAAGAACACAUACUGGAGAGAAACCUUACCAAUGCAAUCAAUGUGGUAAAGCCUUUUUACUUGCCAGCUAUCUUAGAAUUCAUGAAAGAACACAUACUGGAGAGAAACCUUACCAGUGUAAUCAAUGUGAUAAAGCCUUUACACAAAGGAGUCACCUUCAAAGCCAUAAAGUAGUACAUACUGGAGUGAGAUCCUACAUAUGUAAUCAGUGUAAUAAAGCCUAUCCACACCAGAGUUAUCUCCGAAAACAUGAAAGAACACAUACUGGAGAGAAACCUUAUUUAUGUAAUCUGUGUGAUAAAGCUUAUUCACAACUGAAUCUUCUCCGAAUACAUGAAAGAACACAUACUGGAGAGAAACCUUAUAUAUGUAACCAGUGUAAUAAAACCUUUGCACAGCUCAAGUAUCUUCGAGAACAUGAAAGAACACAUUCUGGAGAGAAACCUUACAAAUGUGAUCAAUGUGGUAAAGCCUUUUUACAUCCCAGCUGUCUUCGGGUACAUGAAAGAACACAUACUGGAGAGAAACCUUAUAUAUGUAACCAGUGUAAUAAAGCCUUUUCACAACAGAGUUGUCUCCGAAUACACAAAAGAACACAUACUGGAGAGAAGCCCUAUAAAUGUCAUCAGUGUGAUAAAGCCUAUUCGCAACAGAGUUGUCUCCAAAUGCAUGAAAGAACACAUACAGGUGAGAAACCCUAUAAAUGUAAUCAAUGUGGUAAAGCCUUUGCACAGGUCAAGUAUCUUCAAGCACAUGAAAGAACACAUACUGGAGAGAAACCUUACAAAUGUGAUCAAUGUGGUAAGGCCUUUACACAAAGCACUCAUCUUAAAACCCAUAAAGUAAUGCAUACUGGAGGGAGACUCUAAAUAUAUAAUCAGUUUGAUGAAGACUAUUCACAGUGGAGUCAUCUUCCAAAACAUGAAAGAACACAUACUGGAGAGAAACCUUAUGAAUGUAAUCAGUGUCGGAAGUCAUUUAUAUGUCACAGUCAUCAUCAAGCUGAUGAAAGAAUUUAUACUAGAUAGAAACCCUACAAAUGUAAUGAAUGUGAUAAAGCUUUUUCACAGCCCAGGUAUCUUUGAAUACAUGAAAGAACACAUAUAGGAGAGAAACCUUACAAAUGUAAUCAGUAUGAUAAAGCCUUUACACAAGGCAAUAAUCUCAAAGUGCAUACAAGGAUGCAUACUGGAGAGAAACCCUAUGAAUGUAAGGGAUUUGGUAAAGCCUUUCCACAUUACAAUAUGCUCCAAUA